AAAGCCAGAGUCAACAGUUCCCACUUCAGUAUCUUAGGAAAAAUGCAUCUGAGCAACGUUCUACUCUUUCUUGGCUGGGUUACAAUUGUCAGCUCCCUGAGCCUAAGCCCGAUAAAUAGAAAUGCAACAAGCUUGGAGAGUCUUGAGAAGGUUCCUGAAAAGCAACCAUUAGAAGCUAAACUAUGCAGCCCCAUUGAGGUUGCAAGUUCUGAGAAAAACUCUACUUUGGAUCUCAAGGAAGAAGGCUCUCAAAGAAAGGAAAAGGACAGUAAAGAUCAUGCCACAUCUACACAAGCCAGUAAGGAUAAGGUUACUACAGAAAGUCCUGACGAUAAAAAUCCCAGCACUGAGUGUGAACCGAUUCCUUCGGGUAUUGACACAAAACUAAGUGUUGCAGUUCUAAAGACACUCGCCACAAAAGCCCUGGGCUAAUAAUAUUUAUUUUCAUAAAGUAACUUGUAAUAUACCCAGUUUGGCCAAUAAAGGUUUGGAGGUUUUACCCUGAAGAUUCCACAGA